GUGUGCCUUGUUGCCUUCGAGGUUCAGAGAGAGCUUGUGCGCGUCUAUUAGCAGGCGCGUGGUAGUGAUGGCGGCUUUCUGUGAGACUUUUCCUGUCACUGGAUACUAUUCCUACUCCCAGCGGCGGCGGCGGGAGCAGCUUUUAACUAACCCUGCAGCAGCGGCGGCGGCUUGCACGCUGCGAAGCCCGUCUGCAGGAGGGGCCAAAGGGAAGUCUUGACCAACUCCCUUUCUCGCCUCUUGCAGCUGUGGAAGUCUUUCGGGCACACCGCCAUGGGCAUGCUGGACAGGCUGAGGAAGGACUGGUUCAUCCUGGGGAUAGUCCUGGUCAUCACGGUGGCCAAGCUGGAGCCGGCCUUUGGGGUGAAAGGGGGACCACUGAAGCCAGAAAUCACCAUUACAUAUAUAGCUGUAUCAGCUAUAUUCUUUAACAGUGGGCUCUCGCUGAAAACAGAGGAGCUGACAAGUGCUUUGAUGCAUGUGAAAUUGCAUCUUUUUGUCCAGAUCUUCACACUUGUAUUCUUCCCAACAGUAAUAUGGCUAUUUCUUCAGCUGCUAUCUAUCACACCUAUAAAUGAAUGGCUUUUAAAAGGUUUGCAGACAGUAGGCUGUAUGCCACCUCCUGUGUCUUCAGCAGUGAUUUUAACCAAAGCUGUUGGUGGGAAUGAGGCAGCUGCUAUAUUUAACUCUGCAUUUGGAAGCUUUUUGGGCAUUGUUAUAACUCCCCUGCUCCUGCUGCUUUUUCUGGGAUCAUCAUCCUCUGUGCCUUUCACAUCUAUAUUUUCACAGCUCUUCAUGACUGUGGUAGUUCCACUCAUAAUUGGACAGAUUGUCCGAAGAUACAUCAAGGAGUGGCUUGAGAGGAAGAAGCCUCCAUUUGGUGCUAUCAGCAGCUGUGUGCUUUUGAUGAUCAUCUACACAACAUUCUGUGAUACCUUCUCCAAUCCAAAUAUUGACCUUGAUAAGUUUAGUCUGAUUAUAAUUGUUUUCAUAAUAUUUUCAAUUCAGCUGGGCUUCAUGCUGUUAACGUUCCUUUUUUCUACACGAAAAAGUUCUGGUUUCACACCAGCGGAUACAGUGGCUAUUAUUUUCUGUUCUACACACAAAUCCCUGACCUUGGGAAUACCAAUGCUGAAGAUCGUAUUUGCAGGCUAUGAGCACCUGUCAUUAAUUUCUGUCCCUUUACUUAUCUAUCACCCGGCUCAGAUCCUCCUUGGCAGUGUCUUGGUGCCAACAAUAAAAUCUUGGAUGAUCUCUAGACAAAAGGCACUGAAAUUAACAAAGCAGCCCAAGGUGCCAGUGAAGGUAUAACGAUGGAAGAGAUCCAGUGAAUGUAUAUAUGUACUAUUCUGUACAUACACAGAGACAGUUCGGAAAAUGGGCAUAUGUGAAUGUUGCUUCAGCACUUACUUUAUUUUUAUAGAUAUAUAUAUAUAUAUUUAAAAUACUUACUGAAGUGCCUUAAAAUAUAUUUGACAAAAGCAUUUUUUCCAAGUCCACAGGGCUGGUUGCUGUUAAGAAGUUGCACACAAUUUUGGGGUCAUUUUUUCUUAAUUGAGCAUAUAGUUCUAACAAUGAGAAGCUGAGACUUCUGUCAUCACCCUUCUCAGAGGCAGUGGGCACAAUCCACAAAGCAUUUCUCUGAUGCAAGCUCAAUUGAAAUGAAUGAACACUGAACAGAGGCUGUGUUUAGUGGAUUGUGCUGUCCAGUCACAAGUUAAUCCAGGCCAUAAAAAACCAGGGACAGCUGUCUUCUGGCUGACUGCUGGAAAGCAAUUUCUGAAGUUCUAGUCAAGAUUAACUUGAAUUUUUGUGCGAUUCCAUAAUCCUCACAGCUCAUAUGAUUGUGACAUGCCUUUUUCUUCUGAGUUUGUGUACACUCAGCAUGGGGCCAUCCAUUGGAGAGAAACUGAGAAGCAUAAAUUAUUUGCAUUUGUUGACACAGUUGUCUAGACAUUCCUUCAAAGUUAAUGGUUUUUCAAGACAAUUCUCUCAGUUCCAUUUUUACGAUAUUGUGGCAUUGUAUAUCUUAAUGCAUCAUGAGCUUCUUCAAAGGGAAGACCUGGUGCUUAGGUGAGUAGGGAAAGAUCUGCAAUCUGCAGCUAGGAAGGGGUUGUUUGUUUUUAAUUGUCAACCCAAACUGAACAAAAAGAGGAGUUUUCAUUCUCUUUUCCCCUCUAGAAACAAUCCACCACACUCUACAGUGAAAAAUAUGGGAUAUUAAUGUUCCAUUAGUCAUUUCACUGUAUUUUACAGAACUGUGGUGUCCUGUGGGCAGUAUACACAAGCUUGUGAGGGUGGGAAACCGAUGAUUAUUUUUCAGCAGGCAGAUAUAUUUGUGUACUUUAUGCAGCAGCUAAAAAUAUUGAUGAUCAAGGGGGGGGUUAUUUCUGGUUAAUUUGACAAUCAACUAUAGCUUGUUUUAAAAUUUAAAAUGUAUUGAUUAUUUCUUUACAUUUUAUAAAAGGGACAAAUAUAUGUAUAUUAACGCACAUAGCAGCAAAGAAAGAGGAAAGGGUAUCAAUUUAAAAUUUAGGGUUGGAUCCUAAGUAGCGCGAGUACAACAGCUCUGACACAGGCCUUCUUUCCCUUCCCCUCCCUCCCACUGUAGCUCCCUGGGCCCCCUGAAAACCUGCUUCUGAUGGUCAGGAGACCCUUGAGAACUGCAUGGGAUAUGGCACAAGUGCUUCAUUGAGAUGGGGGGAUACCUGGAAGCCAGGGGCAGGCACCUUCCCUGAGCAGAACUAUAUGGGAAAUUCCAUCCUCCCACUGCAGUCCCCUACACUGCAUCCCAUACCAAGGGUCCUCCAGCCCCCAGCAGCAGCUUUUCAGGUACCUGCAGUAAAGGAAGGGGGAGAUCACUUGUACUGAGAACUAUUGCACUUGUUCUGCUUAGGAUCCAGCCCUUGGUAAGCAGUGCACCUUAUUCAAGGCAGGUGCCAUUAGGCUAAGUGAGGAUUCUACAGGCAGAUGCCUUGUAGCGUGACUACAGCCUCAUGAACCCCAUCCAGCCAUUCCGCCAGGGCUCUGAGGAGUAUGCAUAGUUCCCUGCCUCCAAGGUCUUCCCUAUCCACAGCCUCUUUCAUUGGCAUGUGUACUCUGCUUUUUACAAGAGCACAUUUAUUCCUUGGACCGCACUUGCAGCUCUGGGAAUGGGAGCAACUGAUUUUGAACAUGGUUGCCUCUGAACAUUAACAUGAAAAGAAAUAGCAGGUUCUUAGUGACUGGCAUAGAGCGUUAAUGUUGUUCUCAGCUGCACGCAGGAAUAGUCUGAAACACAUUUCAUCCCCUUCUCCCUUCCCAGGUUUAAUCAGACUAUACUGGGAUUAAAACUGUCCAGCCCAAAUAAACGUCAUUUGAUGCCAAGCUGUGGUGCCUUAUGUUAGCAGCCGUCCUGUAUCAAGGCUUCCUUAUCACUUUCCAUGAGAUAGAGAUCAAUCUUGAAUGAUGAAGAUACAUGAUCCAGCAAAACUAGGCACCCGUUAACAAGAAUUACAGUCCAUGGCUGACAUCCUAAUGAAGAGCGUAUGUAAGUAGGGAGUGCAGGCUCACAGCAGCUUCCCUUGCACAACUCUCCUGUUAUCCCAUUAUCGUGCUGUUCUGAAAGAGGAUGAAGAGUCCAGAGCAUACCCUGCACACUAGAAACACUCAGUAAGCUCAGAACUACAUUGCAGAGGGUCAGCAACGCGUUCCCUGUCUUACUAAAUGCUCCCGAAGCAUAGGGAGUGCUCCAGGCGCUCAGCGCUCUUGCACAGCGACAUGAGUGCAGGACAGGGGAAGUUGCUUGAGGGGUCCUGCUACAUGCUCGCACACCCUACUUAUGUACAUGCUUUGUUAGUCAGGAUGUCAGUCACUAAAAUUGAACAUGUAUCCCAGAGUCUACUGCAUUCCUCCAAUUGGUCUUAUGUGCAGAUGAGUCAUUGUUCUGAAAGGGUUGUUCCACAAAGGUGAUUCUAACAAGUAUGUAUUUAGUGGUACACCAAAAACCAGUUGCAAACAUUUCCUGAUUGAGUGGAUCAAACAUGUUUUACAUGUGAAUUGUAAAUUCGCUACAUUUACUGUUAACGGUUCAGUCUGCAUAUUGAAUCAGUAGUUUGAAAAUGUAGAAAGGCAAAAGGGUGGAUAAAAGCCACCAACUUGUUUGCCUUUUUGUUUCCACAAAUCCUUCUUUGAGCUUCCAGAAUAUGUUGACUUGUACACAACCCUUCUGGUAGACUGAAGAAAACUGGUCCCAAGAAUAUUGUGACUGAUUGUGUCAAAACAGGCUGCAACUUAUUGCAGAUUUUUCUUGUGCAAGUCUCAAGGAAGUAAAUAAGAGUUGCACAGGAGUGCAGUUGUUGCUCUUGCGCAGAUCCAAUUCAUGUUGAUGCUUAUUGCAUAUGAAACAUUCCUGGUUGGUUGUUCCCAUUGCUGUUUAGUUCAUACCCAACUAUUCUGCCUUGUUGUUUGAGUUUUGUCUGCUCUUGAACAGUCAACACACUGCUAAUAUUCCAACAGAUCUACCUCAAAAUAUUAUGAACUACUAUGAUAAUUCUUCAUGGUAAUUUCAUUGAUAUUUUAAUGUAUUUAAUAUGAUACCAGGGAGAAGCAGUUUUGGCUGUAACUGUAGAUGGCUUGGCCUAAAUGGUGUUGUGUUUCUUCCUCUUUUUACAUAAGUGAAUGUGGGGUGGAUGGUUCUGAAAGGGACAUAAAGCAAAACUGAAGUACGUCUUUUAAAUCCAUACUUAGUAGAACUUAAUUAUUCAUAUCCAAAAUGUUACAUUAUGUUUAAAGGUUGUUGAGAUGUUCAUUUCAUGCCUUCAGUUAUAAAAGGAGCUCCUUGGGUGUGGGUGUUAAGAUAAACACCAAAAACAGACUAAUGAAUGGGUAUGCAUUUUAUUUUUGUAACUUUGGUUCAUUUUUUUUCUAGGCAAAGCUUUCUGUUUAUUUCUAAGACACACAAACCAUUUUUAAAUUAAAAAAAUGAUUAAAUUGUG